AUGCCCGACUUACAAUGUUUUACUGAGUUGCAUAGAGUUGUUAACCAGCUCAAAUCCAUCCAGAUCAUGCGCUGCACUGGCGUUGCGCGAUUCCUGAGCCAGAUACCACCUGCUACGCGCAUGGACGAGUUCGAAUGUUGUUUGCAUUACAGUGAUACUGCAUCAACUAUAAGUGCUAUUGAAGGAUUUCUUGAGAGAGUUCGUGGUCUUCAUAAACUAGGGCUCAAUUAUCAGGAGUCUACUAAUCGAGUGAGACCGAACUACAUACGGCAACAUUCGAAGAGUCUUAGACACUUCGAACUUACAUCUAACCAGCACCUAAAUUUUUUAUGCAGCGAAGCAUGGUCCGUGGUGUACGAGUGUCAGUCUCUGGAGUAUUUAGAUCUGAGUAUUGCCAACCUUGGACCGGAGAGCGCGCAGUUUGGGAUUGAGUGGGUACACUUGCUCUUUUGGGGGCUUUGGCUCCAUCUCCUGCGAUACCCAAAACACCCUACGCUUCGAAGCUUCCGUCUGACUGGCGCAUGCGCGUUUUAUGGCCACAUAUCCCACAAGGAUAUCGAAGAAUCACUUGGAAAAGCUCGGCGUUUCUUACAAAUGCGGCUUCCAUUAAGGAUGCUAUGCAUUAAUCCAGCAUAUACAGAUGCAGAGAUUGAGAAAUUGUAUGGGUACGGCAGCCCUACACUUGUGCCGCGUGUAGUGUUGGAAGAUGGCGAGGAGCCGGAUGGGGAAAGGUUCACCUGGAUACAAGAAGACCCGGAGAUCCGUCGUUUUCCUAGAACCUGA